GUUCCAUGUAUGUGGCUCCAGUUUGUCAACGUCUGUGGAGUCUCUGUAGGAUUCGGCUUGUCCUCGGCCUGUGACACCCUGAUGUCCCAGAGCUUCGGCAGCCCCAACAAGAAGCACGUGGGCGUCGUCCUGCAGCGGGCCACACUCAUCCUGCUGCUCUGCUGCCUGCCCUGCUGGGCCCUCUUCCUCAACACGCAGCCCCUCCUGCUGCUCUUCAGGCAGGACCCGGCUGUGUCCAGGUUAACCCAGGAGUACGUGCUGCUCUUCAUCCCGGGCCUCCCGGUGAUUUUUCUUUACAAUCUGCUGGCGAAGUAUUUGCAAAAUCAGGGAAUCGUGUGGCCCCAAGUCCUCAGCGGUGUGGUGGGCAACUGCGUCAAUGGCGUCACCAACUAUGCGCUGGUUUCCGUGCUGGGUCUGGGGGUCAGGGGCGCCGCCUACGCCAACACCGUGUCACAGUUCGUGCAGGCCGCCUUCCUCUUCUUCCACAUCCUGCUGAAGAAGCUGCACCUGGAGACUUGGGGAGGCUGGUCCAGUCAGUGCCUGCAGGACUGGGGCCCUUUCUUCUCGCUGGGGGUGCCCAGCUUGCUUAUGAUGUGCGUGGAAUGGUGGGCCUAUGAGAUCGGCAGCUUCCUCAUGGGCCUACUCGGUGUAGUGGACCUCUCUGCCCAGGCUAUCAUCUACGAGGUGGCCACAGUGACCUACAUGAUCCCCAUGGGGCUGAGCAUGGCCGUCUGUGUCCACGUGGGGACGGCACUGGGAGCUGCGGACACCAUGCAGGCCCGGCGCUCCGCCCUCUCGGGCGUGCUCUGCACAGUUGGCAUAGCCCUGGUGGUGGGCACCCUGUUGGGCAUCCUGAAAGAUGAGCUGGGGUACAUUUUUACCAGUGAUGAAGAGGUCAUCGCCGUGGUGAACCAGGUCUUGCCGAUCUACGUCAUCUUCCACAUCAUUGAGGCUAUCUGUUGUGUGUCCGGCGGGAUCCUGCGGGGCACGGGGAGGCAGGCCUUCGGGGCCAUCGUGAACGCCAUCAUGUACUACAUCGUCGGCCUCCCCCUGGGCAUCGUGCUGGCCUUCGUGCAGGGCAUGAGGAUCAUGGGCCUCUGGCUGGGCAUGCUGACCUGUGCCUGCCUGGCAGCCGCCGCCUUCAUUGUCUACACUGUCCGGCUGGACUGGAAGCUGGCGGCAGAGGAGGCGCAGAAGCACACUGGGCUGCAGCAGCAGGGAGCAGAGGGCGCAGCCCCCCGCCCAGGGCCUGACAGGGCAGCUGUCUCUUCAGUGGCCACGGGCAGCAACCCCGGCAUCACCUUGACGAAGUACUCCCGGCCCGAGUGUCCCACAUUCUCCCCGAACUCACAGGCAGCCCACGUGGCACCUGCACCUGCCAGUCCCCUGUCCCUGAGACAAGUGGUCAUCCGGCGUGGGGCCACCCUGGGGGCGGCGUCAGCCCUGCUGGGGGUGGGGCUUCUGGUCAGGGCGCUGACCACCCCCAGCUAUUAA